UUGAAAUAAAUUGAAUACAAACACAAACACUUUAUCGAAUCUAAAGAGUAAAAGAAAUUGUUGUGUUUUGGAAACCCUAGAUUAGAUAGAUAGGUAGUGAGUUGAACAAUGGCAACAACAACAACAACAACAGUGGUAUCCUCCGGUCGAGAAUUAACAAACCCUCCGUCAGACGGAAUCUCAAACAUUCGAUUCUCAAACCACAGUGAUCAUCUUCUUGUCUCCUCUUGGGACAAAACUGUUCGUCUUUAUGAUGCAACCGCAGAUUUUCUUAGAGGUGAGUUCCUUCACGGCGGACCUGUUCUUGACUGUUGCUUUCAUGAUGACUCUUCUGGUUUCAGUGCCUCCGCCGAUAACACUGUCAGACGCCUCAUUUUCGCUACCGGUAAAGAGGAUAUUUUGGGAAAGCAUGAUGCUCCUGUUCGUUGUGUUGAGUACUCUUACGCCGCAGGGCAAUUGAUCACUGGAAGUUGGGACAAAACCAUAAAAUGUUGGGACCCUAGAGGUGCAAGUGGACAAGAGCGCACUCUAGUUGGGACGUAUGCACAGCCUGAACGUGUUUACUCUCUAUCUCUUGUUGGACAUCGGCUUGUAGUAGCAACAGCUGGAAGACACGUUAAUGUUUAUGACAUGAGGAACAUGUCUUGUCCUGAACAACGAAGGGAAUCUUCAUUGAAAUAUCAAACCAGAUGUGUACGCUGCUACCCAAAUGGAACAGGAUAUGCUCUUAGUUCUGUUGAAGGGCGGGUUGCAAUGGAAUUCUUUGACCUAUCUGAGGCUAGCCAGGCAAAGAAAUACGCUUUCAAGUGUCAUAGAAAAUCUGAAGCUGGAAGGGAUAUCGUCUAUCCUGUGAAUGCCAUGGCAUUCCACCCCAUAUAUGGUACAUUUGCCACAGGAGGUUGUGACGGUUUUGUUAACGUCUGGGACGGAAACAACAAAAAGAGGCUAUACCAGUAUUCAAAAUAUCCUAGUAGCGUUGCUGCACUCUCGUUUAGCAGAGAUGGACGCCUCCUAGCUGUUGCAUCAAGUUACACUUUUGAAGAGGGACCUAAACCCCAUGACCAAGAUGCUAUCUACGUUCGCAGUGUGAACGAGAUUGAAGUCAAGCCAAAACCCAAAGCCCUUCCCAAUCCUACAGCGUGAUUCACUGGUUCUUGAUAGUAAUUUUGAAAAAUAGAAUUUUCUUUUAUUAUAUUUUACUGUGUACUUUGUUCACAUCUUUGGUGUGAACAUCUCAAGGUAGACUAAUAUUGUGAAGCACCAGCAAAUUUCUAGAUACGUGGUAGUUAACAUUUUGGCAUUUCUAUUUUAUGCGUCUGAGUUUAACUUCACUGUAAAUAUUUGUUGUUGCUAUGUUGUAAAGACCCAGGGUGUGUGACUACUAUUUCUAUUGACAUGCUUCUCGAAAAAAAAAAGUCUUAGGGACUACUCCGUUCUAUUUUAAGCAUCAAAUUAGCAGGAGAAAAAAAGUCUUAGAACAA